AUCAUCAAACCCCUCCUUCGUAUCUUCUUGCUUUUCUUUUGUACUUAUUUAUGGUUGAUGAUGUGUAUCUGUUGAGAUAUUCGCAGAUCCCUCUGUUGAAUGUUUUAGGGUUUUGGAAUCAGAACCCAGAUCACUCCAGCAAUCGAGAAAUACAAUUGGAUAAAAGCUUCUGCGGAACCAGGCAAGGGGGAUUUGAAUGAGAUAGAAGGGAUUUUCCAGAACAGAUGGCAUGCCAGGCAAUGCAUUCAUGGACAUUUAGUGGCUUGGUUGGUGCUUUUCUUGAUCUUGCCAUUGCCUAUCUCUUACUCUGUGCAUCAACACUUGCUGUUUUUGCUUCUAAAUUCUUGGGCUUGUUUGGGCUCCACUUACCAUGUCCAUGUGAUGGCCUCUUUGCCAAUCCCGGCGGCAAUUACUGCUUGCAUAGACUAUUAGUUGAUCACCCAAUAGAAAGAGUCUCCUCUGUUCAAUUGUCUGUCAGGAGCAAGUUUCCCUUUGGCUCAAUUUGGCCUAAAGAUCAAAAUUAUCACUUAAAUUUGAAGCUAAUUGGGGAUAAAGAAAAUGAUGUCAAUGGGUUUGUUGAACUGGAAGGUGAUGCGUCAUGCAGUUCAAUAUCAGCCUCUAGGAAGACGGAAAAUGUGUCUCGGGGGGAUCUAGUUACGAGGAAUGAAUCAGGGAAGGGUCUUGUUAUACAUUCAUUGCUCCAUGCCAAAGAGGGAAGGUUUGAUCUUAAAGGCAAGGGGAUCAUGAAUCAGAGGCCAAGGAGUGGGUUUAGACGUCGCCGAAAAUGUGUUAUAGAUAGUGGGAAAGCUUCUUCUGCUUCGUCCUAUGAUCCUUCAUGUGUUGAUGCUUGUUCACAUUCUAACAUCAAUCGAAAAGGAUGUGAGGAGAUUGAACGCAACUCAGUUCCUGUUGAUUCUGGAGUUGAUGCUAACCAUUUAAAAUAUGACGAGGACUGCCUUAUGAAGAGUACUAGGAAAAGAGCUUCACAGGCUUUUGAGCUGGAUGAGCCUUUUGAUGAAAAUAAUCUGACUGAGAGGAUUUUGUCAUCUUUUGAAGAGGCACAUACUGCAAAAAAGGAUGGGGACUUUGAUGAUAAUGAAAAAAAUGCAAUUACAAUCUUGGAAGAAGCACUAGAAGAAGAGCGUGCUGCUCGUGCUGCACUUUACCUUGAGCUUGAGAAGGAGAGAAGUGCUGCUGCUACUGCUGCAGAUGAGGCUAUGGCUAUGAUAUUGCGUCUACAGGAGGAGAAGGCAUCCAUAGAAAUGGAAGCUAGGCAAUACCAGAGGAUGAUAGAAGAAAAAUCUGCCUACGAUGCCGAAGAAAUGGAUAUUCUCAAAGAAAUCCUUGUGAGAAGAGAGAGGGAGAAACAUGUCCUGGAAAUGGAAGUUGAAGCUUAUAGGCAAUUGAUUUAUGAUGAAAAUCAGCAGUUACCAGAUGUUCAGUGUGUAAUGAACACACAGAGAGGAGAACUUACUUCCUUGCCUGAUCUGGGUGAGGAUCUGGUUCUGAUGCUCCAACAGCUUAGUAACUCCAUUGACAAGAAGGAAGUUGUAAAAGAUAAAAAUCCAGUAACUGAGGUCUCAUCUGUUGAGAAGCAAAGCUCCACUCUUUUUGUUGAAGAGAACUUGCAGUAUUCAGGAUGGAAUGAAGAAGCUGAAUUGUCAAAGCUAGACAACCUAGACAAACAGUUCUCACACAUUUCAGGUAGUUCUCAAGAACACUAUAUUUCUGAGGAAACUAUGACCUCAUCAGGCAAACAACAAGAGCAAAAUAAUAAUCUCCAAGAAAGAGAAGGAAUGGCAAUGAAGAUUAUUGAAACUCGUGACAUAACUGAUAUACACAUUCCAUGUGAUGGUGAAAAUUUAGAUGAGCAUGGAGGAGAUUCAUGUCAGGAGAGGAAAGAUCCUAGUAUCAUGAUGCUUGACAUGGAGCCUCAUGUUCAUGAUGUUCAUGUCAUUGGUGGUGAAUCCUACAAAGGAAACCAAAAUAAAUGCAUUUCGAUCAAUGAUAUUUCAAAUAUCCACAGGUCAAAUGAACUGUUAAAAGAUUCUGAGAUUCAAAAGAAAGAUGUUGCGAUUGAUUGUCCAAGCACUAGUGCAAUGGAUACUGCAUCAGACAUUAACAGAAGCAGUUCAGACAUUACUGCUGGCCUGCCACCUUUGGGGGGCUCAUUAGGGGACAAAUCUAUACUUCCUGAUCACCGGAGACAUUCCUUGUCAGCAGUGGAUAUUGAAAGGUUGAAAAUUGAUUCAGAAGUUGGGUGGCUCAGAGAAAGGUUAAGGGUUGUGCAAGAAGGAAGAGAGAAGCUCAACUUCUCUGUAGAUCGUCGUGAAAGGGAAAAUUACCAAUUGCAACUUCUGGAAGAUAUUGCAUGUCAACUUAGAGAUAUUUGGCGGUUAACAGAACCAGGAAAGGCUGUACGACAGGCUUCCUUGCCCUUGCCGCCCUCUAAGGAUAUAACAAAGAAAAGGCGCCGUCGAGGUGUAUCUGUAGGAGUUCACAAGAGCUCUUAAGGUAUGAGUUAUUUACUUUGUGAAAUACAAGACUGUUGAUUAUUGGGAACAUUGAGUGGAAGAGUAAAAGGAAACAAAGAAACCAAAAGAAUACUUUUAUUUGAAAUCUCCUUUGAUGUCCUUGGGCAUGACUUAUUCUCUAUCCCUUUUUUCAGUAUGGUUUUCACAUUUUCGCCACCAUUUUAAAGUGAAGACUGGAUUUCUUGAAAAUAACAAAAACAUCUCAAUUUGUCCCUCUCAAGUUCUUUAAGAAGCAAAUAUUCAAUGAAGAAAGAAUUUUUCCUAAAAAUAAUGUUAUUUAUACAAACAACAGUCACAAGCCUGAAUCUACUACAUGAACUCUAGACCUUGGGCCAUCUCAAUGGGUUGGCUAUAUUAUAUAUAAAAAAAUUGAUAAAAGAAUACUCAACAUAAACUAUUUAGCAAAAUAUUACUCUGUACGCCACAAAUGCCAUUCAAUUUCUGACGUGGCAGGACAAAAAGCCAUCAAUGCCUACCUAUCAUUCUCAGGUCUCAACCUUCUGAGUUCUAAUACUUCCUCUCCUAAAUGAUCGUGGUCAUCUGAUUCUUUCUCCUAUUUUACUUUUUGUUUCUUUUUUUUUAAACCUUUUUUCACGUCAUGCUGCAAAAUCGUCCAUGUCUUUGCUAUAUUCCUACUGAUUAUACGCUUCAGUAACUAUUAUGAAACCCUAGAGGGAAUCUGUUUAGAGUUUGUUGUUGCAAUUGUUAAAGUUCUGGAUCCUUGUGGCAGUCUUCAGUUUUCUCCGGAUCUGGACGCCAUUGCAGAUGAUAACAAGUAACAACUCUGCUCAUAUUCUCUUUCUUUUGCCUCUUGUUUCUUUAGAUUUGUUUUUCUGCUUUAGUGGGGUUUGGCUAUAGAUUCAUGAAGGAUUGUUGAAUUUCUUGAGCUAAAGCAGCUGCAUUUUGUCCCAGAUGCAAGUACAGUAGUUAGUCUGUUAUUGGUUAUGGUGGUUGGACCCCUUUUUUAGGUUAUCUUUAUGCUGUCUCAAGCAGAUAUGCAGUUGGCUGGAUCUUCUCGUGUAGGAUUGCAGCAACAUGAAGCAGACAUGAAGAAUUAUGUAACUAUCUUUAUCUUGAUAGUCUUGCAACCUUUUCGUCAAGAAGUAUCGAUCCCUUACAUGUUUACUACCACUUAGACAAACAGGACUCUGUCAAUAACAGAUCCCUCUUUACCUACUCUUUCUCCCUUAUUUUUUUGUGGGUUCAGUUCGUUGUAUAAAGUUAGCAAAGGUGGAGGAGUGCUGGCUGCCACCAACUUGUAUCUAUAUAGUCCAGUGUAAUAUUUCAAAAUCAUACACUAUUAUUAGUCUCUUAUUGGCUCAUUAUUCC